GUUAAAAGCAAACUGGAGACUGCGCCGAACUCCUCCAAGAUGAUUGGGCUUGUGGCUUUUCUGUCCUGCAUUGGGCUCAUUUGGGCUGAAGUGCCCUUUAACCACAGAGUGACCAAUGGGAGAGUCAUUGGAGGCAGCAAUGCCCCACGCAACAAGUGGAAAUGGCAGAUUUCCCUCCAGUAUGACUCAUACAAUGAGGGCUAUUACGGCCACAUCUGUGGAGGCACCAUCAUCGAUGGUCUCCAUGUCAUGACAGCAGCUCACUGCAUCCUCGGCACCAAUCCCAAAUCAUACCGUGUGGCCGUUGGUGAGUACAACCUGUUCGAGUAUGAUGGCAGUGAGCAGUUCAUUGGCGUGGAGAGGAUCGACGUGCAUCCUGGAUGGACUGGAGACCUGGGCAAUGGAAAUGACAUUGCUAUCCUAAAACUUUCUGAGCCCGUGUAUGACAACGGAUACGUGGCUAUCGCCGAACUGCCCUACCCUGAAGAGACGCUGCCUCAUGACUUCACCUGUUACAUCACCGGCUGGGGUCUUAUGGACCAUUAUGGAAGCGCUCCCGACAUCCUCCAGGAGGCUCCCAUCAACGUGGUUGAGCAUUCAGUCUGCUCUAAGCCUGAGUGGUGGGGCAUCCUCGCUCGUGAAUCCAUGGUGUGUGCCGGAGGUGAUGGAGUCAUUUCAGGUUGCCAGGGCGACUCUGGAGGACCCCUCAACUGCUUCACUGGCGGAGCCUGGAGGGUCCACGGCGUUGUCAGCUAUGGUCCAGCUGGAGGAUGCAACCAAUACAUGAAACCCACCGUCUUCACCAGAGUUUCCUUCUUCAUGGACUGGAUCUUCUCUAUUUCCAGAUAAAAUCAUCAGAUGGAAACAUGUUUCCCCCUCACUGUCCAAUGGAAGCAGUGAAAUAAAAUCAAAAUGCAUCUCA